GGCGCGGGGGAGCGGCGAGCGCAGCCAUGCCCCAGGCCGCCUCCGGGGCAGCAGCAGCGGCGGCCGGGGCCGGGGCGCGGGCCGGGGGCGCCGGGGGGCCGGCGGCGGCCCGGGCGGGACGAUGAAGCGGCAGAACGUGCGCACGCUGGCGCUCAUCGUGUGCACCUUCACCUACCUGCUGGUGGGCGCCGCGGUCUUCGACGCGCUGGAGUCGGAGCCGGAGAUGAUCGAGCGGCAGCGGCUGGAGCUGCGGCAGCAGGAGCUGCGGGCGCGCUACAACCUCAGCCAGGGCGGCUACGAGGAGCUCGAGCGCGUCGUGCUGCGCCUCAAGCCGCACAAGGCCGGCGUGCAGUGGCGCUUCGCCGGCUCCUUCUACUUCGCCAUCACCGUCAUCACCACCAUCGGCUAUGGCCACGCAGCGCCCAGCACAGACGGCGGCAAGGUGUUCUGCAUGUUCUACGCGCUCUUGGGCAUCCCGCUCACGCUGGUCAUGUUCCAGAGCCUGGGCGAGCGCAUCAACACCUUCGUGAAGUACCUGCUGCACCGCGCCAAGAGGGGGCUAGGUAUGCGGCGCGCCGACGUGUCCAUGGCCAACAUGGUGCUCAUCGGCUUCUUCUCGUGCAUUAGCACGCUGUGCAUAGGCGCCGCCGCCUUCUCCUACUACGAGCACUGGACCUUCUUUCAGGCCUACUACUACUGCUUCAUCACGCUCACCACCAUCGGCUUCGGCGACUACGUGGCGCUGCAGAAGGACCAGGCGCUGCAGACGCAGCCGCAGUACGUGGCCUUUAGCUUCGUCUACAUCCUCACGGGCCUCACGGUCAUCGGCGCCUUUCUGAACCUCGUGGUGCUGCGCUUCAUGACCAUGAACGCCGAGGAUGAGAAGCGCGACGCCGAGCACCGCGCGCUGCUCACGCGCAACGGGCAGGCGGGCGGAGGCGGCGGCGCGGGCUGCGCGGGUGGCAGCGCGCACACCACGGACACCGCCUCGUCCACGGCGGCAGCAGGCGGUGGCGGCGGCGGCUUCCGCAACGUCUACGCCGAGGUGCUGCACUUCCAGUCCAUGUGCUCGUGCCUCUGGUACAAGAGCCGCGAGAAGCUGCAGUACUCCAUCCCCAUGAUCAUCCCGCGGGACCUCUCCACGUCCGACACGUGCGUCGAGCAGAGCCACUCGUCACCGGGAGGGGGCGGCCGCUACAGCGACACGCCCUCGCACCGCUGCCUGUGCAGCGGGGCCCAGCGCUCCGCCAUCAGUUCCGUGUCCACGGGCCUGCACAGCCUGUCCACCUUCCGCGGCCUCAUGAAGCGCAGGAGCUCCGUGUGAACGCCCGGCGGGGCCUGCAGGACCGGGAGCGCGGGCGGGGGCCUCCUGCCCGGAGGAGCAGCGGCAGGGGCGGUUGCGAGAAGACCACCCUAGCCGCCUUCGGCCCCUUGGGGUGCCCCUACAUCCCUACAACCUUCCCCCACCCCCGCCCCCCAUCUCCGACUGUGCCUGCUUGAACCAGCCCGCAGGUGCCCGGGCUCUGAGGACCCCUGGAGCCCCCACUGCGCCCUGCAAAUUCCGAGAAAUGUGAAACUUGGGGGGGGGGUUCGAGGGAGGAAAGAGAAGCUGGGAGCCUCCCAUCCCUUUGGAAACAUAAGGAGCUCCCCAGUCCGCAGAGGCCCUGCUGGUAUCCAGACCACCACCCCCUCCCCCUCCUCCUCCCGGAGGGAACUUCGUGUUCCUUGUCCGUUUGCAUCUCUAUUUAUACCUCUGUCCUGCCAGGUCUCCCACCUUCCCUGGGCUCCAGAUGUCAAGGUGUCUUUGUCGAGGUCACCCCCACUCGGUCCCACUCUUCUUCCUCAUCCCCAGCGGUGUCUCCCCGUCUCCCACUCCCUUUUGUGUUUUGCAUGGCUUUGCAGUUAUGGAGGAAAUGGAAACUCUGCCGUCUCUGAAGCUAGUCCCAGAAGGCAGGCAGAUGGAAGCAAGGACAGGCAGGGGUGCAGGAGGGGCAGAGAAGGGAAGGGGGAGGCAGGGGCCCUCCCGUCUGCCGGGUGGUCCCCGGGAAGGUGAGAGCUAACUGGCCUCCAGUCACACCCUCCUGGGAGGCCAGGGGAGUCCAGCCUUCCAGACACUGCCCUUAGUACCAAACAGAACACUUCCUGCUCUCCAUCCCUGGACGCUGCUGCUAAUUACCAAUUCUUAGGUCUGUGGAGUGAGUUUGAAAACCCUGUCCUGACUACCGGGUUCGUUCGACUCUCACCACACCCCAGUUAGGUCCCCGGGGCAGGGGUUCUCAACCCUGUGUUACAGAUGACACUGAGACCCAGACAGGUGAAGUGACUUGCCCAAGGUGAGACAAGUAGCAAAAGGCAAAGGGAAGCAAGAACCCAGGCUGCUUGUUCUGAGCCUCCGUGCUCUCUCCUUCCAACUCCCCUGCCCGCUCUUGAAAGCAGAGUUCCUGGCCUACGCGCCCUGGGCUUGUGUGGCCAACUGGGCCUUAGACUAGAACCAGAGCCCAGGACUGAGCCAGUGCCGGGCUCAGCCACUCCGCUUGACCACAAGGCAGGGCUCUGAAUGAGCGGCUGAGGCAGGGUAGGACCCCUUCGUCUCUGGACUGUCUGCUUACAAACGGGCAUCCUAGGAACCAGAUAAGCAGGCCUGGGUCUCAUGGAAGAAAGGCCGGGAGCUAGGGCUCUAGGAGUUUGGGAACCAGCCAGAGCGGCCUAAAGAGCCACCAAGCGUAUCCUACUGGGACAUUAGCCCUGGCCCCACAGCCAGCGUUGGUGCCUGUGUUCCGAGUAGCUAGAGAAAAGCUACAGCUGCAGCCAGGAGCACCUCUCCCAGAUGUGCCCACCUACCUACCUUCCGGCAGGUGGAGGUGAAACCCUGGGUACCACGGGGGCGGAGCUGGGACGGUGACUCGACAGCAUCAAGGAGUGGGUGAGGGGUCUCUCCCCUGGAUACCGCCCCUUCUUACCGUCCCCACAUCAGCUCCUUAGCUCUGCUGAGCAAGGCCAGCCCUGGCACUAGGGAAGCUGAAGUGGGGGCCCACAGAGUGAUCAGCCUCAGCACCGCCCCCCACCCCACCGCCACCCCAGCCGUCUUCUCGGCCUCUGGGCACACCCCUGGGAGGGAAGUCUGGCCGGGCCUGUUUGUGAGUCCCGUCUUAGUGUGGAGGAGCUGGCUGCCCGGGCGCCACAGAGAGAAGGACCCAGGGGUGCCCUCUGUGUUUAUGGGGGGGUGCGGGGCAGUGCUGGCUGCCUCUGUCCUGUGUGUGACCCUGCCCUCGAGGGGUCCUGUCCCGUCUGUCCCGAGGGAGCCACAACCAAAGUUACAGAGAGAUGGUGGGGAAGGUGGCCAAACGGCCUGGCAGAGCGUGGCUGCCUGCUCUGUCUCCAGCCGGGUCUUUCCCAGGGAACUGGAAGGUCAGUGUUGCUUCCCCCUCAGCCCCUCCCACUGCAGGCAGCCUUUCUGCUUCCCCAAUGCCUUAUGCCUGGGCACACUGCCACAGAAUAUGCAAUAGGCGUGGGUGCCUUGCCCCCACGCCCACACCCUCACCCCGGGCAGCCCCUGGACCCCAAAGGCCGCAGCUGCCACGGCCUCCCUUCAGCCCCUCCUUGCCUAUCUGUCUUCACACUGAGAAUGGCGCCUAAUAAAUGCUGUCCAUGGAGACCAGG